AUGGACGCAUCUGUGAUUGCCAGCUUCCGCGAGAAGGUGGUGCAGAAGCCUGAGGUGUUUUUCACACCGUCGGAAGAGGUUGCCAAAGAGAUUAAGGCGUUUGCCAAGCAUGCAUACGACCGAACGUCGAAAUACCAGAGCAAAAGCGGCGGUGCAGCUCCGCUGGAGGAGCUCUAUGUGGACGGCUUUGACGCUGACCAAGUCUGGGAGCAGCUCCGUCUAUUGAACGGCCCGUUGGUGACCGAGAUGACGCAGCGCAUUCGCACAUUCGACAAGAACCCGGACAACAUUCUGCUAUUUCCAUCGGAAAAGCAGGAAGAGAAAGAGCAAAAAAAAGAAAGCUAA